CGCGCUAAAAGGAAAAUGAAAGUGAAGAGAGUGUCGCGGUGAACUUUCUUGUUCCACCUGAGCUGCGCAGGUAAAGAGACGUUCACGGAACAUAUAGGAAUAUCUCUACUUACCGGGAAUCAAAGCUCAAACGGAUCUGCUUCAGCUGGAACUUCGAAGAACGGAGAUAGUUCAAUCAUGGACAACCCUGAUGAGGAUCGAGUGUCCCUGCAGAGCAACGGCGCUAACAGCGGAAAGAAAGGGAAGGUGGGAAUGUUCGACUCAUUCAGGAUCAAGAGCAUCAAACAGGCUGUAGAAAAGAGUCCUCUGCCUCUGAGAGGCAGAAAGUCCACAUCCAACGACACUGAAGGCUCAGUGCCUGCCUCCUCACCUCCACCUGCAUCAUCUGGUCCGAGCUCACCAGCCAGCCCUUUGAGGAACGACGGAGGCUUCUUCCCAAACCAGGAGGACAAUCCGGGCCAAGCUGCUCCCCCCUGCUCACUGACCCGUUCAAAUACAGCGCCCAGUAUGUCCAUGCUUGGUGACUCUCUUCAGAGGAAAGGAUCGAAACUCCGCCGCAGCCUGAGAGGUAUAGGCAAAAAAAAGAAUGGCAAAAAGUUGGAGGCUCCAGGAGACGUCUCCGAAGAUCCCAGACGUUCUCUGGAGAGAACAGAGGAGAAAAACGAGAAGACUCCAGAGGAGAUCGAUGAGCUGUACAUACUGCCAGAACUACCUGAAUCUCCACUCUCAGUGAUGGAGAUCCACAAACUGAUUGACAUGGAGGUGCUGGAGGAGGCCCAUCUGAACCUGCUCGCCCUGCGGCUGGAGUUACAGAAGGAGCAGGAGGCGGGUGUGGAGGACUCUUCCACAAAGGUUGCUCAGAAGCAAAAGGACCUAAGCCUUCUCUACACAGAUCUACGGGACAAGAUCCAUGAGAUAGUUCGUGAUUCCAGCACUCGUCCUGCCAGAAACAAGGGGCUUCUGAUCCCAGUGGCCCGUAUAAUCCAGGAGGAGGAGAAGAGGGCUGGGGAACCUGGAGGACUACCAGACAGCUGGGUAGAAGCCUGGAAAGAUGCUGUGUGUGAUGGUGUCCAGCUCAAGGUCAACAGUGUUCACCUUGAGCAGAGGGAGCAGAACAAGUCCUGGUUAGCCGUUCAUCUUGGGCUGCUGGGUAACGCCAUCGUGGAGGAUCUGGAGAAUGUGAAGAAGGAGCUGCGGUGGUCUUACCCCCCCACCUUCAAAGUUUUCAGCACUUAUGUGAAGAGCUACCACAGAGUGGUGGGACAGCACCUGAAGAAGCUGGAGGAGCAGACGACAGAGCUGAAGGAUCUCUAUGCUCUUCUGGACUGGAUCCUCAACAAGUACAAGAGCGACAGGAUCAUGGGAAGUUUAACCUUGCAGCCAGACAUGACCGAUGAGAGCACGGAUCUGCAGCUGGAGUCCGACUUCCUGAAGCAGCUGAAGGACAAGUAUGUCUGCAGAGUAAAGGAGGAGAUGAGGACUGUUGUGGAGAGAAUCAUCGUUGUUGAGAACGAGUCCGUCUGGAGUGUCAGGAAAAAACCGGAGGAGGAGGACAACUUUUUCUGCUCUCCGUUUCCCAUGGACAUCUGGACUAGAGUGAAGGGAAACACCACCAUCUCCAAACAGCUGUGUGUAGACCUGGAACACAAAGUGAUCCAAACAUGCCUGCAGGAGCUGCAACACUUCCCCAAGAGGUUUGAGGAAGAGUUCAGACGCCACUGCGCAGCCAUCCAACCACAGCCUCUGUGGACCGAGUAUCACAUUACAUACAUCAACAGCUUCAUGUCUUUACAGGACAACAUGGACGGCUACCACGAGAGCUGUCCUCAGGAGGUGGAUGGCUUUAGAAAGGAGGUGAAGUCCCUGAUCGUCAGGCUAAUGCAAAGCCUGGAGAACCAGUUCAAGGAGGACGUCACGCCGUUCCUCAGGAGAAUGGUGACCAGAAAGUGGCUCACCAACGACGACGACUUCCAUCAGCUCCAAAGUCGGACACAGCAGCUCUCCCAGCAAUGCUUCCACCUGAAGCCCCCAUACACCCAGGAGGUUGCCAGCCGACUGCACCACCACGUGGUUAAGGAGUAUGUCGGCCAGCUGAUGAAGAAAAGCUACUCGUGCAAGAACCGUAAACACGAAAAGGCAGCAGCCAAGAUCAGCAAGCAGAUGGAUGCACUCAAGGAUCUGUUCAGAGAAAUGGAUUCCAGUCAGGAGUGGCUGUACCCUGUGGGAGAAGACCUGAGCAACAUCAUUGGGCUGAAAAACAAGGCAGACAUCAAGCAUCACCUGAAGCCUCUGCUGGAGCAUUACCCGGACUUCAGCAAGAAGCAUCUGGUGGCAGUUCUAUACUUCCGAGGGGACGUGGGAGGCCGUGAACACCAGCUGAUUGUCCAGAGACUGACAGAGCUGAAAAAGAGAAGCAGCUGCAACAGGAAGGAAGUUUUGUUUGGGGAUAUGCUGGUCACCACCAACACCAACUGCCUCUCCAGCCUGCCUUUCUCCUGCUUAAGCAGACUCCUGCCGGAUAGCUGAGGCAUUAGCUGUGUGCAAAAAGCAGAUGUACAUAAUACCUUUGGGUUUGGACUGUAGAGCUCAGAAGCUUUGAUUCUGUCCUGCUCCAGUCCAGGGAUGCAAGAACCACAUUGUCUUAGUCCUUCUUCAUUAUUGAGAACUGUGUGGAAAAGGUACAUCUCCCCCGAAGUGGCUGCAAAUAUUAUUGAUACUCUUAAACUCCUGCUCCAAUUUGACCUGCGUCAUGUAACUUCAUCGUUGAUGAUUUUAACAGCAGACUAAAUUAUUGACUCAGUAGAUCCUCUAAAGACAAUAAUUCUUAUAUCAAAUGUUAAAGCACCAUAGAGUAAAAAAUCAAUUACAAACAGAACCUGCAGGAGAGCAGGGAGAAAAUGGAGAAAAAUAAAGUUAAGAAAAGACUAAGAAUUUUUUGAAGAUCAAUUGAAACUCUAUAAUUCCUCAAUUAGACAUACUAGGAUAGUUUAUUUUUCAAAUAUCAUCACACACAAUAAAAACAAUCCCGAAAUUCUUUUUAAAACAAUUGAUUCUUCCAUUAACAGAGGUCUUAACAAGUAUUUCAUGCCCCAUUCCCAAGCGGCAUGUAAAACCUUUGCAGACCACUUUGGAGGACUAAUCAGUGCUAUAAGACUAAGUCUCUUAUCACUACAGAAUGAUCAUCCAAAGGGGUCACUAGCACUGAUUUUUCCAGAGGAAACACUGGAGAGUUUUUUUCCUGGUUGAUGCUAAGAUGCUUGGUAGAGUUUUCACAAGUUACCACAACAACCUCUCUUUUAGAUCCUAUACCAACACCACUUCUUAAAUCUUUUUUAUGGAUUCUUUGAGCUGGAGCUUUUAAAUAUGGUGAAUUGCUCUCUUCAGACAGGUGUCUUCCCUCUGCAUGUAAAACGGCAGUAGUGAAGCCCUGCCUGAAGAAGACCAAUUUAGAUCCCGAGGUUUUAGACGACUACAGACCCGUAUCCAACCUACCCUUUUUAGGCAAAAUUAUGGAAAAACAUGUUUUUACUCAACUACAUCAUUUUUUGAAUGAGAAAAAUAUUUUAGAAAAAUAUCAAUAUAGUUUUAGGAAAGACCACGGUACAGAGACGGCCCUUUUAAAGAUUUUAACAGAUUUUAGAAUUUACUGUGACUCAAAAAAUCUUACCGUGCUUGUUCUACUGGAUAUUAGUGCAACAUUUGAUACAGUUGACAACCAGAUUUUACUUGAAACUUAAGAGUCUUGUGGGCCUUACAGGCACUGUUUUAAAGUGGUUUCAGUCCCAUCUUACAGAGCGAAAAUGUUUAGUCAGUAUGGAUACAUGGUCUUCUAAAACCCAUGACAUAAGUUAUGGUGUCCCCCAAGGUUCAAUUUUAGCCUCAAUACUUUUUAAUUAAUAUAUGUUGUCACUUGGGGAUGUCAUCAGGAGACAAUGACUUUCGCUGAUCGCUUUACAUCGCCGUGUCUCCUGAUGGCCUUGAACCUAUGAAUUCUCUUCUAAAUUGUAUUUCUGACAUCAGGUCCUGGAUGGCAGAUAAUUUCCUACAGCUCAACCAGGACAAGACUGAAGUUUUACUUAUUGGUCCUGAAGACGAGAGAGAGGACUUUAGCAAGUUUUCAGCAUUUUAAAUCCUCUGUGUGUGAGAAACGUGGACGUACUUUUAGACUCUGAACUAAGUGUUAUCCCUCAUAUUAGAAAUGUCAUCAAGACUGAAUUUUAUCAUCUCAGAAACAUCGCCAGAGUCCGCCCAUUCCUCUCCCUUGCCAGCACAGAGGUGCUGAUGCAUGCUUUUAUUUUUAGUCAGUUAGAUUAUUGCGACACCCUGCUUUCUGGUUUACCCAAUAAAUCAAUUCAUAACUUACAGUUGCUCCAGAACUCAGCGGCACGAGUUCUGACAAGGACCAGAGGGCGGAAGCACAUUACACCAGUUUUACAAUCCCUGCAUUGGCUCCCUGUGCGUUUCAGGAUCAAUUUUAAGGUUCUUUUAAUAAUUUAUAAAAGUCUUAACUGUUCUGGGCCUUCUUAUGUUGGGGACCUUCUUUUAAGGUACGAACCCUCGCAGACCCUGAGGUCCACCGGCUCUGGUCUUUUAGUUGUUCCACGGGUAAGGACCAUGACCUAUGGUGAGGCCUCGUUUCACCAUUAUGGUCCUCGCUUGUGUAACAACCUGCCGGAGAGCCUCAGGGCGGCAGGGACGGUAGAGGUUUUUAAAAAAAUCGCCCGAAACAAAUCUUUUUAAUUUAGCGUUUAGUUGAUUUUAUUCAAUUUCAUGUAUUAUUAUUGAGCUCUUAAAACCACUUUUAUUUUCCUCAUUGAAAUUGUCUUAAUUACUUAUUGUUUUAUUAUUCAGUUGCUUAUCAUAUUUAUUAUUCUCAUCAUAGUUGUUUCUUUUGACUAUUUAAUUGCACUUGCGCUUCAUGUUUUUUUUGUUCUUUUUUUAAGCUCCAGUGUUUCCUCGUGGGAUCCUCUUUGUUCAGGGGUUUAGCUGGCCAUGCUUCGGGGCCUGGUUGUUGCGGUGCUCUCGUUGACUGGAGCAGGCAUGGGUCUUUACCGUGGUUCAGUAGCUGUGGGCCCUCUGCCCUCCUGGUUUUGGUGAGAGCCGUAGCGGUGCCCCCUGUAUCUUACCAGUCCCCCUGGAUUAAGUGGAUCCUCACAAUACCAAAUCUACAGCAGAGCCAAAGGGUAUCUUUUGGAAUAUUUUUUUGGUAGGGUUAGGGUUUGUGGGUGGGGCUGGGGUGUAAGGGGCUACAAUGGGCACUUGUUUGCUAAAUGUUUUUUUUAUUUGUUUCCUAUGUACAGUACCUUGAGUUGGCGCUGGCCAUGAAAAGCGCUUCAUAAAUAAAGGUUCUAUUGAUUGA